GAUGACUGUAAAGAAAACUGUUAAGGGGAUUGCUAAAGAGGCUGUUAAAAGAAUAUUAAGAAAAAAGAGGAAUACACUGGUUGAUAUUGUGAAUUAAAGUGCUUUUAGAACUAAAAAUGAAACAAAAUUUUAAAUUCUAAAAAAAGCUAAGCAAGUUUUAGAGUUUUUAAAAAAUAUCUAAAAAAUUAAGAAUUAAGAAAAGUUUUUUCAUAUAUUUUUUUGA